CUCUGAACAAGGAAGACAUUAUCUACAUAAAUGAGUGAAUCAGUUCAGAAAGGUAGUUUUUGUCAAAGUGGAAUUAGUCUUUACGGGACGGACAACGGUGGGCUGGACAGGAUCCAGUUUGUAACUUUAUAACGCAAGGAAUCUAAUAUUAAGUUUUUUGUAUCCAUGGCAACAUCGCUGCUGGCUAUUGUGCUUCCCUGUUCUAUUCUCUUCUUCUAUGGCUGGCAAGAAAACACAGUCGUUGCUUUGCCAGUCGUGGAGGACGACUGCCAGGACCACGUGGGCUUGGGCAUGACGUGCGAGGAAAUGCCAAACUUCUGCAACAACACCUAUGCUCAUAGAGUUUGUCCACGCAAAUGCGGUUUUUGCGUUCCAGGGUCGACAGUGGAGUCAGUUGUAAUUUCUACACACUCCACCACUGACGGUGACUGCUUUGACAAGAUUGUCAACCGCCUGACCUGCGACGACCUAUAUAAUUUCUGCGGCGACCCCUACUCCGUGUCGCUCUGCCCUUCGACCUGCAAUAUCUGCACUCGGAUAGAACCACCUUCAUCACCAGAAACCUUCCAGUCCCCAACCACGGUGAGCGCACCUUCGACGACCUCAUCGACUGCUUUCAUAUCCCCAAGUCCACAUGAGUGCAAAGAUGAUGUACAGGAUCCCGCUGUAUGCAAUUAUCCACACAUUUGCUCGAAUGCUUACGUCCAGAAGGUGUGUCGGAAAUCCUGCGGGCUCUGUUGCGCAGACCAUCUUCGCAAUUUGAGUUGUCAAGACUUCCUAAGCAAGUACAGCAAAAAUCCUUGCGAGGACGAGCUGGGCCAAGCCGCCUGUCCCAAGUUCUGCCAAGAAUGCGUGUAGUGCUGUCAGCUUUGCUUCUCAAUCACCCACGAAGAACACGGACAUUUUUUACUGUGCAACGGACUACAAAACGUGAAUAAAAAUCAUCUUACGCUUG